CUUUGAUUAACGAACAGGAAGUAGAAUUACACUCAACUUUGUUGCCUGACUCCAACUUUCUUCACGUUGAAGUUUGAACUAACUUACAUCAAAUAAAACUAAAAGAUGGAACCUUCAGCUUUAGAGGAGGACAAUACCAGUAUGGCUGCCAGAAGUUUAUUAACCUUGAACACUAGUACCAGUAAAGGUACUCAGGAAGAGACAAGCAAAGGUACACAGGACACUUCACUAGAAAGACCAUCUCAAAAUACUCAGAUUUAUGUAAAAUCUCAGAAUGUCAGUCAGAGCAAUCAAGAGAAUGUGAUUGCUGUCCGUAUCGAUCGGUCAAAUGGUAAUCCUAAUGUCCAGAUAGUGAAGUCAGGUCAAGAGGUCACUGAACCUUCAAACAAACCCCAGCUUAAUGUGGAGAUAAUGGACAUAGGUCAAGAGUUUGCUGGCCCAUCAAACAAACCCCAGCCAAAUAUCCAGAUAAUAAAGUCAAGUCCAGAGGUUGUUGGCCUGUCAAAUAGACAUAAGCAUCUAGUAAUUCCUACUACAGAAGAUGGGCUUUCUAAACCUAAGCUUCAAAUUGUGGAUGCUACAGAAAGUCACUGCAGUACAAACGAAAAGGAGAUUUUUGAUUCAGUGACAGCAAUUUUUAAAAGAAAACCAAAUGUUGGUACAGAUAAAUAUUUAUCUUUGUGUAAAACCUCAAAUGUUAUAGCAGAAUAUCAAAGUGAUGAGAUUAGUGUAACUGGUUCUCUGAAAGGCAUUAAUGCAGUACAUAAUCUUUUAAAGGUUUUACACUGCAAUACAAGUACUGUAAAUGGGGAGGAUAAUAUCAAUGCUGCUGGAGUUCUAUAUAUAGUGGAGGAUCAGGAUAAAACUUCAGAAGAUCAAAGUACCACAAUGGACCAUGAAGAUGACAUUUCAGAGCAACGAAUAAAAGAUGAGGAUGUCAAGGUCAACCAAAGAUCUGUAUCAAUCAGAUGUUUGGAUUGUAAUGAAACCUUCGCAAAUCAUGUAGACCUUACAGAACAUUGCAAGCACACACAUAGAAAAUAUCCAAGUCCCAAAAUGUUGAAACUGUCAAGUUUUAAAUGUACUGUCUGCACAAGGGUUUUUCAGAGCAGUAAGUUUCUUCAACAGCAUAUUGAGGAAAGCCAUGGUCCCAAUGAAUGUUAUAUAUGUGGGAAGGAGUUUGCCUUGAAACGUUACCUCAGCAUGCACAUCAAAAGACAUUCGGACGGAAAUAAAAAACAUUCUUGUGAAAUAUGUGGAUGGAAAUUUUUAGAACGAUAUAAGUUAAAAUUACACAUGGAGUCACACAAACCAAAAUCGGAGAAAAAUCUCCCCCAUGCCUGUCAUAUAUGUAAAAAACAGUUUUAUAACAAGGCUACUUUAGAUGAUCAUGUUAACACACAUACAGGGAACAGACCGUUUAAAUGUGAUAUUUGUUCUUGUUCAUUUGCUCACCGUAUCGGACUUAAGCGACAUCUCAUUACUCAUGAACCAGUCAAACCUUUUAAAUGUGGAGUUUGUCAAAAGGAGUUUUCAUUCCGAGCCAAAUUAGAUGAACAUUUUAUAACUCACACAGGAGAAGGAAAAUAUGUCUGUAACAGUUGUGGUAAAAUCUUUACGACUAAAUCGUCUCUCAAACGCCACUCAGACAAUUGUUCCAAUAAAACAUUAUCCACAAUUAUAUCCACAUCGGGAAAUAGUGCCGAACCAGUAACUACUGAGCUUAACAGUUCUGAAGCUGUUUUUAUGUGUGGAAUUUGUUCUGUAGUUUUUGAUACUUUGGAAAAAGCAAGUGUUCAUGCAGCUUCACAUGAAACAUAAAAUAAGUGUUAUACAUUACUGUGAUUUUGCACAAUUUCUCAGGUUAAAUAUACUUAUUACAAAGUACUGGUUACCUGUUAUAAAGAGCAAUGUUGACAAUCACAUACUACUGGUGCCCUUUAAUGAAGUGCAAUGUAGACAAUCACAUACUACUGGUGCCCUGCAAUAAAGUUUAAUUGAGAAAAGCAUAUAGAAAUAUUUGCUGUACUUCAGUAUUGAAAAAAUAUUUUAUAAGGAAAUCAAGCUACACGAAUUGCUUAAUAAAAUAACUUUAAAGCCCAUAAUAUUCAUAUACAUGUACUUACAUAUGACAUGAAAAUGUUAGGGAAUAUAAUUUUGCUUUACAUGGCAAAUAACCAUUAUAACUUCACAGAAAGUUAAAUAAAAAAAUCUAGGAGGGUUAGGGUGGGGUUUAGGCUGACUGACCUACGAGGGGGCCCACUCCAGUAAUCCUUCAGUGAUUCCCUAUAUUUAAGGAACCAAAUUUUUCCAACAAAAAGGGGGAGGGGCUGGAUCCGCCUAUGAUAUUUUUGGCAAAGAGAUUUUCAAAUUAAUAAAUGCUUACUUUAUUGAUAGCAGGUUAUUUUUCUGAGGUGCUAGAGGCUUUGUGAAUUAAAACUUCCAUUUAUUGUCCAUAACAAAUGUAUUUAUUUAUCAGUUGUUACUACAUGUAUGUCCCUAUUAUUAUACACAUUUUAAACUGUCAGCCAGAGUUUUAAUUUUACUGAUGACAAAUUGACUUUUUAUUUAUGAUUAUUAAACAAAUAUUUAGACCCCUUUAUUUCAAAUCCAGACAUUAUGUAUUACAUGUAUUACAAUGCAAUAUUAAUGUGAUUAAAAAACACACUUGUAAGUUUUAUGUUAAUCAAAAUAUUGUUUUUGUUUUGUUAAAGGUUAUAUGAUAUAUUUCCACAUUAGGCAACCUUUUUAUACCUACAUUCCUGCAUUGUCAAGAUUAAAAAUACUUUUAAUGUCGAUAUGUCAAAAGAAUUUCAAGAUAGUACCAAACUCCUUGACUAUAAAUACUUACACCUCAUUUAAUUUUUAUAUAAUUAUGAAAAAAAUAUUUGCAUUGACCCUUUGAUAAAAGUAUUAAAUUUGAAAAAUUUGAAACACACUUUAUCCGAAAAAUUUUCAUUGAAUAUAUAGCAGUUUGAGUAACACAAAUCUUGAAUAUUGAGAAGCUUGAUUAAGAGUAUAAUUUUGAUUAAAGCGUUCAGCUGAUUUUACAGAGUUAUCUCCCUGUAGUGUUAUGUACCUUGGCCACCUUAAUUCAUUUGACUAAGUUGUUAUUAUUCUGUGAUGAUUGUUAAGUUGUUGUUGUCAAAGUCAGUUUGGUAUCAGGGUAACAUUAAAGAGCAUUCAAACUAUGUGAUUUUGUUAAUUUAUUAUCUUAGAUACUAUUUUUUUGUAUUUAUUUUAAUAUGAUGUUAGAGAAAAGUAAAUACUUUGGAGGAAAUAGUAAAC